GGUGGCAGUAGCUCCUCCGUUCCCAGCCAUGGCUGUCGACUUCACAGCCACGUACAAGGUGUUGGUAAUUGGCGAUGUGAACGUAGGAAAGACGUGCCUAGUCCACAGGUUUUGUGACGAAAGGUACUAUGACACAUAUAUCUCCACAGUUGGUAUAGACUUCAAGCAAAAAAUAGUGAACUUAGACGGCGUUCCUAUCAAGCUACAAAUCUGGGACACAGCGGGGGAGGAACGGUUCAGGACGCUCACCACCGCUUACUACCGUGGUGCCCAGGGUAUUGUUCUUGUUUAUGAUGUUACCAACCUCGACUCCUUCAACCACCUCUCCUAUUGGCUGAGAAAUAUUGAAGAGAAUGCGUCGCCAGAGGUGGUGAAGGUGUUGGCAGGUAACAAGUGUGAGGUGAACAAUCAGCAGCGGGCCGUUGAUAAGGAGAGAGGGCAGAAGUUGGCGGAGAGCUUUGAUAUGCCAUUGUUCGAGGUGUCCUGUCGGGGAGACGUGAUGGUUCAGGACACCUUCCUCACACUAGCUCGGCUCAUAAGAGACUUGAGGCAAAGACGGGCGAGUUUGUUCGAGGAGCGAGAACGGCAGAACGAAAAUGUCAAGUUGGAAGCGGACCAGAAGGGCGAAAAUGGAGCUUCAGCCUGUGCGUCCUGCUGAGCCUUGAAACUGUGGGCGUGUUGCUAAGACACCUUCACGUUCACCCGUGUGUGUCCCCCCCCUCCCUCCCUGAUACCUACACCUGUGUCCUGCUCAGCUUUCCACACCUACCAUCAUUGACCUGCACCUGUAAUCUCACUUUUAAAAGCUGGGAGUAAAGAGCACUAACAUGUAUAGAAAGUGAUCUCAAUGGAUGUUAAAUUGUCUAAGAGGGAGAUAGACUGUCCCCAAAAUGUAGAUAAGGAAAUAAAUAAGAAGGAAGAUACGGAAAUGUAAGAACGUGAAGAACGGACACAGAAGCAGCAAUUAAUAUUAAGGUAAAUGAAGACGGAAUGACAGAAUGCAAUCAGUGUACCUCAAGUAGAUUUAUGACAAUGAAAGAAACUUUGUUUUUAGUUUUAAUCAUAAUUUCUCCGUGUAAAUAAGCCUAUAGGUGGUGUUUAAAUGUUAAUGGUAACACAAGCACUGCUUUUAAAAGAUUUAGAUGAAUGUAUGGGAUGGAAGGGGUUUUAGACUGUCAAAUAUGUAUUACAAUAUGUAGUCAGUACACGUUUCACUGGCUGCUAAAUUUAUAAAUUGUAGACAGCACAGUAUUGUCUCGUAUGCGUGCAUUAUUCAUUCCUUAAAUUUUGUCACAUGUGUUUACGACCACUGAUGCAGAAAAACUUAAAAUCGAAUCUUUGAGCACCAAGCAUAUAGCGAUUUCUUGCAAACUGUACAGGGGACGAGAAGCUACAAUGGUAAAAGAAAAUUACCAAAUACCUUACCAGUUAGUUAAAUUUCUUCUCCAUUAUAUAUCAAAGUUAUCACAUAUAAACUUCAUGAUAUAAGAUAUGUAUAUAAGAUAUGCUAUAUACAUCUGUCUCUCCCCAGAAACUCCCUUGCUAAUUUGACCAUAGUAUGCGAGAAGGUGUCGAGACGAACCACUGAGACGAUUAAAUAAUAAGGAAUCAAGAGGUGUUGUUGCCUACUCGUCACAUCCUUCGCGUAGAACAGAAAUAAAGAUUGUUGGUACAGGUGUUGGUGGUGGACAGUGUUGAUGGGCGGAGGCGAACAUACACACGCUUACAGUUCAAGGCCCAUUAACUUCAAGCAUCCUGUAACCGAUUCAGAAGUUCGUACGUUAAUUACUAGACCACACACACUUCCCAGUCAUUUAAUAUUUGAGACAGACAUUGUGGCAUCCAAAAGAAAAACCUAACUCAAUAGUUUUUAAAAUAAUUUCAUUUGGUUUAUCACUUAAUUAAAAUUAUAAGGCAUGAGAGUGGUCACAGUAGUCUAGAAUUCCCUGCGUUUGUAGCGUAGCAGAGCAUUUAUCUAUAUAGGUUUGGGAGGAAGGAUGGUGAAGAGCUGGCAAAUGUGUGUUUGUAUACCAGUUCUACCUUAGUGUUAAUCUCAAAUGUUGAGGCUAAUAAUAUAUUUUUAAAAAUAUUUUCAUUGUUUUUAAUGCCAUUUGUUUUUAAUGUUAUUAGCAAUGCUAUUGUUAUUAUUGUAAUGAGAUUAUUACGGUUUAUUUUGAUUAUUUUGUCGGCACUUUUGCAUCUUCGUAACAAUGCAAUAUGACUAUAAUUACAUAAGGAGGGUUAAACAAAAGCAAUUUAUUUUUUCUCAUACUCUUGGUGAUCGAAUGUGAACUUUGACAUGGGCGUACUAAAAUGUUUUCUUAAAUCUGCUUAUAAGAAUAUGGUAGAAAUUUAUUUCCCUUAUCAAGAUUAGCCAUCCAUCAGGUAUUCACUAAUUAUAAUUAAUCACAAAUUCAAUGGAGGUUACCCAUUAUUACAACAGAUAAAGUAACAUGUGAUAAUAAUACACAAUUGUGAAUAAAUGUGAGAGGUGAGCCUGAGGGAUGUGUUCAGCGUGUUUCCAGUAUAUCAUUACAAAAUUAUAUAUAAGUACAUUCCCAAUUUUUAGGAAAUGGAGUCGAGUGUAACAGUAUAGCUUUAAUGUUUCAGCACACUAAAUUACGUUGUUUACAUGCUUGUAUAGACAGGUACUGUUUGUUAAUUCAUAUUUGCCUCAUUAGAUAUUAAGAAACAUAUGACUGCUUACUGACAGCAUUUAAAGUGCACAAAUGAAUGUCUACUUAGCAACACAUAUAAGAGAAGACUUGCAGCAUAGCUCCUCUCACUUUUAACUACACAUUAAAAUUUCCAUCUCCAUUCACUCAGCAAUUACUAUAAAGAUCGCCGUUAACACUAUUGGUUAAUUUAUGGCAUAUUUGAUAUGUGUAACUUCCGUUAAUUUACAGCUGACAGUCUACUUUUUUCAUUCACUGCAUGUUGAUGCAUACAUAAUCUUCAAUAAAUACUUAAGUAAUUGAUACAUUUCCACAUAGUAUAGUUGGUAAGGUCGUGUUGUAAGAUCAAGCGAAGAUUCGAGAGUCCAACAAGAAUUACCGGUGUGUCGUAGUGUGAAUUACUAUGAUUGGGUCGUGUGGCUCAUGUCCCAUACGCAGAAGUUUCAAGCUCUCAUGAAUACCCGGGAUAGUCAUACACACUAUGACGAUAUGAGCAAUACUGUCUGGAAAUAUUGCCACUUACUGUAAUCGUGUUCUAGUAUUCACAAUAAGACGGCACUGCAUGCUACCAUGGUGAUGCAUAAGAGUAUAGACAUUUAAGGUGUGAGAGUUCCCAUUUUCACGUGAUUUAUGUGUGCUGAAUAUAAUCUCUUUUUUUGUAUAAUAAUAUAAAGGGUAAAAUCAUUUAUAUUAUAUUAUUUUCAGGGAAUAUGUAUACAUAUACUAUACUAUACGGAGGAGACAUGGGUGGUCCGAUCCAACCCAGGGAGGGAUACAGUUCCAAAAAUAAUCUGCUUGAAAUAGGCGGGUACUGGUAUUUGCACUGUGAACCUGUUAAAAUAAGAACUAAACCUAUUGACAGUCAGUACAAAGACGUCAUCUGUUAAUGGCUUUAAUAAUUACAAAUCAGGUUUUUAUUAAUGGACGUGUCUGUUGCUUUAUUUUAAUACUACGAGUACACGGCAUCAGGCGACCUAUGUUGUGGUUCACCAGGAUCAUAGUGUUAUGUACAAUAGGAGUUCAGUUGUUUUAUUAAAAAUAAUAUUGAUAAUGGGUUAAAUUUGUUGUAUUAGAAGAAUAUGAAGAUAUUUUUAUUAUGUACAGAAUUUAAAAUCUAUUUCUUGUUUGAAUGAAUUCUAAUGUAUGUUAAACCCAGCCAUGUACAUUUACCGGUAUUUUCUUUUUAUGAUGGUAAGGUGGACUAAGGAUGAUGCUGAGGUACCCUGCCAGAGGGAGUUUUAUACGGUGUCGUGUGGACAAGAAUAUGUUUUUGUUGAUAGGAAAAUGCUCAUGCUUAAUGAAGAUGAGAGAACUUUUUUAAAACCUCAAGUGAAUUUUACAUUUGUGGUGUCACAAUGAUAAGUUGUGGACUAAUUGAUUAGGCUACUCGUAUACUUGAGGAGGGUUGGACACUUCUAAUACACACUUAACAGAAUCACUGAAAGCCUAUUUCACUUCAGCUCUGAACUUCUCUUUGCAUUGUACAAUGCAUUACGAUUUUCUUUUGUAUAAGAUGGUAUAUUAUACCUAUGCUACUGUGCUUUCAAUUUAUUGUGCUGGAGUCUGGAAUGCAACUGAAUUUUUGAGACAAUAUUAAUAUAGUAUUUUUACUAUGUAAUUUUUGGUGAUGUAGUAGACGUGUCAGUAAAAUGUAAAAACUGAUUUACAACAGAUGCAUCAGUUGAGUCCUCCAUAAUAUGAUGUAUGUCAGAGGGCUCAAUAAUGGUGCAUUUCACAAACCUGUGCCCUUCUGAGAGGGACUCUUGUCUCAUUGGAAGUCAUUUCCCUUGCCUCAUUUCCUUCCUGUACAGUACAGGAUCGAAUACCCUUGCCUCAUUAUAUUCCUGCAGAGCAAAGGAUGGGGAAUCCUUGCCUCAUUAUAAACUCCUUACAAAAUAUAUGUGAUGUAUUAUUCCUGAAGUAAGUUAGCACAUGUUCAUUUCAUUUCUGUGAUAUUUUUUUAUAUACAGUGUGACCCUGCUAUAGAGCAACCUACUUAAAAGCAAAUACUGUAUGUUGCAGUCAGCACCCAUUAAAGGUGAAAAUAUGAACCGGUAAUAAUUGCAACAUCUUUUUGUAAUUAAUUAAAAGUGAAAAUGCUUAACACUAGAUCAAUUAUUAGGAGUGUUUUAUCACACUAGUACAGUAUAAGAGGAGGACUCCUGUACCCCUUCGUCGUGCACACAUCCUCCUUCAGCACAAAGGGUCCCUGCUUCAUUGUUGCCACUUAGUAGGGCAAGGUAUAUCUGUUCGAUAAGUACAGUAUUAUGAAUUAGAGCUUGUAAAGUGAAUCUGUUAGCACUUAGUCAUAAGCAAAUGACAAGAUAUGUUAACUGUAGUGUACCCUGUACCAAAGAUCAUAUACCGAAGUGGAACCGCCUUUGAGUAGAAUUGACUUUAGCACAGUCCAACCAAUUGGCAAAUGGCUUGUUGCAUUUAGAUGUUAUGUUAUAAAACAUGUUGUCAUCCGUAUCCGAAUACUUUGGUUGUAUUUUUAUAAAUAAAGUAAUGUUUUGGAAAUAAAACUGCUGUUAAAUUUUAAGGAAUUAUAGUAACAUUAGGUUUGAACAGAUGUUUGUAAUUAAAGUGAAAUUUAUAUUCGUUUAGUUAUGGUGAUUAGUGCAUGAAAUUAUGCACUGGUAUUCGGUCAACAUCCUUGUACAUAUAUAUCAGACAGGUUUGUUGAAAAGCCACCUGGAAUGACGUCAACAGAGGCUUUCAACUCUGUAACCAGAAGGCAAAUCCAGGACAAACUUGCUUAAUGUUUUCUCCUGAGUUGUACAGUCCAUCUUUUAUAUAUAUGAUCUUUGCCUGUACUUAUCAACUUAUCUGAGUGUCUUAUCAAGCUAACUUCCUCAUGUAAAAGAUGUUCAUUUAAUCUCAUGAUGUCAUGGUGGAUUUUAUUUGUAAUAAAAUUUUGUCUUAAUGACUUGAGGAUAUUUGAAGUGUUUCAGCUGCCUUGGACACUUAGAAAUGGCAUCACUCAUGAGACAAGGGCAAACAGGUUUUGAGUUCCUUUAUUUUUCUCCCAAGAUAUAUAGAUCUUAAUAACUGUUUUUGUACCGACUGACCCAAGCAUAUUUGAUACUGCACAAAAAUCCUGUCACUGUGAAACUGAAAAAAAAAAAAAUUGGUUGGGUCUCACAAAUGAACAGUGUCAUUUUACAAUAUUUUUUCCAUUUUUAUGUUUCCCAGUGUUAAGGUCAAUUGUUUGUUCUUAUCUAAAUCUUAAAUGGUUAUGGAUAACUGACAACAUAAGAUAAAAAAAAUAGCAAUAAAUGAAAUGCAAACUUUUUGUUUGGUUGAAAUAAUAUAAAUUAGUUAUUCUUCUCCAGAUAAAGUAUAAUUUCUGUUUGGCUCAUUUCAUAUGGCCAUAAAUAUUGUGACUAAAAAGAUUCUUGGAUUUAUUUUCUUUAUUUUUUCAAUACUGUAGUCUGAAGCCACAUCAAGUUUUAUACCGUUAACCCCUAGGACCUACCACAUAAAUCUCAAUAGUUUCAGAAUAUGUACAGUAUCAGCAGUUCUUAUUACCAUGUCCUUGAUUACUUCAGGCCCAAAAUUUAUAAAAUCGUUAUUAUUUACACCUUGACAAUCUGGGACCAAAAUAUUUCAAUAUUUUUUCUCUUGGAUUAAUGUUUCCAGCGCUGUAAUAUUGGGACGACAUGAAUCCUAGGAAAUAAUUUGUACGUCCAAUAGUGUUACUCUUAAUCGAAAACUAGAGUAGUAUGAGCUACUGUAGAUUAACAGGAAUUUGUUGGGAUUUAUUCUGGUUUGAGUCUUGAUUAAUUAGGCUUUAAUAACUUGUGCCAUGGUUAUCUAGGUUUUUGUUAGAUGGUUUCUGCUUCUUUGAGAGCUGAUCUGUUUCCUGAGUAGUUAUGUAAGAUUUGUUUGGGUGAUUCCUAAAUGUUUAUGAUUUUGUAGUUUGUGUUCCGCUCCUGUAGAAUUGGUCAUCUAGGUCUUGGUUAGGUUAAAUUUGAUUGUUUUGGACCUUAACUAGAGAUGGUAAUAAAGAGCAUGGUAAUUAACAGGAAAUUAAUUAGAGUAAAAUUGUAAUAGAGAACAUGAUAAGCAUGAAAAAAGAAACGUAUUUUCUAGACCCGUGUAUGACUUACAGUAUCGGUACAAUACAGUACUGUAAUUAUCCAAGGACUUUUAUACUGUAUACCUUAGCCCUUUCUCCCCCUCUCCUCACUUGAGCUGGAAUAGCCUCUUCAGGUUAUGUAAACCUAGAUUUUUUAUCUAAGUAUUUUAUACCUAAUAUUCUCAUAUUUUUUCAUUAUAAUAACUAAUAAAUUUAAGUUAGCAACCAUACUGUGUUUUGGUUGUAUAUAUUUACUAGAAUGUAAUUCAAGUGUCUACCAUCACCAUAUGUUUGCUAAAAUGAUUAUUAAUCUGACACCCGUGACCCACAACAAGACAAAGAGCUAGGCAUCUUCUAAAUAAACGAUAUUGUUAAAA